AUGGCUCAGUUCACCAGCGACCACGAUGGAGAUGACAUCGUCUAUGCUCCCGGCACCAUCACCUUGGAAGACUCUGGACGUUGGCUUCACGGCCUAGGAGGCCUACGAGACCGAGUUGGGCUUCUCGGUCGACAUCCUCAACGACGCGGCAGCAGUCAACUAUGCGGCUCUGGGCGUCGGCUGUAUCUUCCUGAUUCCGCUGGUCCACAAGUACGGCCGGCGGCCGCUGUACCUGUUCAGCACGGCCUUCCAACUUACCUUGCCGCCUGCAUCUGGUCAGCAAAGACCGAAACCCGCGGCGACCUGAUCGGGAGCAAUUUGAUCUCCGGCAUCGGCGGCGCCGUCAGCGAGACGAUCGUGCAGAUCACGAUUGCCGACCUAUUCUUCGUGCAUCACCACGCCGCAAUGAACGCCUUGUAUGUGCUCGUCACCUCCAUCGGCGCCUUCCUCGGACCCGUGGCUGCCGGAUACGUGGUCGACAGCCAAGGAUGGCGAUGGAUGUUUUGGUGGUGUGUCAUCUUCUUCGCCGUCACUCUGGUCCUGGUCAUCUUCUUCUUCGAGGAGUCCAAAUACGUCGCCGUUCUGCAAGGGCAUGCAACGACAGAUCACUCUACCCAGCUGGCAUCGACACAACAUAUCCUAAAAGAAGAUGACAAAGCAACAGAAGACAGCCUGACGGAAGACCGGCAAAACUGA